GAGAGCAGAACACAUCCAUCAAAACAGAAUAAUAUACGUAGAUACGGCCUAAUAAGAUAACCUUUGCAAGGAAAAAUGAGGUAUGAGCUUAUCAACGAAUUCGACGUGAAUGCAUCAGCAGACGAUGUAUGGGAAGUUUAUAGCUCUCCUAAUCUUCCUAAACUGAUCGUCGAUUUACUUCCAGGUGUGUUUGAGAGGAUAGAUUUUAUUGAAGGAAAUGGUGGUUUAGGUACUGUUCUUCGUCUUGUAUAUCCUCCAGGAACUGUUCCGCGAACUUACAAGGAGAAGUUCGUGACAAUAGAUAAGAGCAAACGUUUGAAAGAAGUGCAACAGAUUGAAGGAGGAUACUUAGACAUGGGGGUAACAUUCUAUAUGGAUAGCUUCCAUAUCAUUGAGAAAGUUGGUUGUGAUUCAUGCACUAUCAAAUCGACUACAAAAUAUGAAAUCAACGAUGAUGAACUUGCGAAGAAAGUUUCUCCUCUUAUCAGUGUAGAUUCCCUUGUUAAUAUGGCUAGAGGCAUCUCCAAAUAUGUUCUUAAGAAUCAGAGCCAUAAACAUCAGCCUAAGAAAGAAGUGCAUGAACAUGGGCAUCCCAGUGCCGAUGAGGGCAAACAUGUACAUCCAGGGUCAGAAUGAAGUUGUUCCUAUCAGGUGAUGUAAACCUGCAUCUUGGGGAUAUUAUGGCGCCAAUAUAAAUCUUUGAUUAUUGCAAGGCUAUUUGCAGUUGUAUUAUAUAUGAAGUAAAAAUAAAUAAUAAAAUGAACGAGUGAAAGUUUGAUUCUCAUUAAAAUUUCUUCAAAUUAAUAGCAAA